AUGGCGGAUGCGCUUUGCGGCCCCUCAAAUGCUCUCCAGAAUUUUCAGAAACAUUCCUCCGUUGAUAGGACUCUUCAACAAGACCGCAUACUUUCCCGCCAAUCGCCUACUCAGGGGUUCCGAUCACAAAACCAAAAUGAUGGCGCCCUAGAUCCGGAAUUCAACGCAUUCGAAGCAGGUCUUCACGGGGCUCCUCUUUCUGAUAUCCAACACCCUGCGUCAUUUUUGCCUCCAGCAGCCCAUGGACCGGUGCUUAAUCAUAUUCACAACCCGGGGUGGGCGUCGGAUUUCCAAAACCUACAAAUUUCUGGUCCUUCCCAACAUGUAUCCCAACAACAAUUCCGGCCAGAAUCAUCUGCUAGCGGCUGGCAGAAUGAUUUCAUGCGACAAGCCCAUCCAAAACCCCAGUCUCAAACGCCUGCAACACAAACAUCUCAAAUGCCCCUUAGAUACGGCCCGGUUAUGGGUGUGAUGGGAUUUGGUGGGAUGAGCAGUCACCACUCAGUGUAUCAGGAUCCAUACCAGUCCCACGUCCAAGAACAUAAGGAACAAUUUGUCUUUGAUGAAUCCGCUUUCGAGGCAGCUUUUGCCGAAGCCCGAGCGGAGGUUGAGCUUCAAGAGCAGAAAUCGCAAGAAGAGGGGACUACAGAGCCACUUGAGAUUCAGCAAACCAUUAGAAUAGGCUCAGACACCAUACGACCCCCGGUUGAGGGGACGAACGAAUCCGAUGAACUCGCCAAAACAGCCGGACAAUUACUCGACAGCGUCAGCCAUGACCAAAGCCAGAAAUUUAAAGAAAGCAACUUCCUUGCACUAAUGCGACAACUCCGCGAUCGCGAGGUCGUCGUCGACGGCGAUGAAUUCCUCCCAACGGCACAGCCACUCCAUCCUGGCGGUCAGUAUUAUCCCGAACAGAAAAGAGCCCAAGAAACCGAUACCGGAGCUGCUCCUAUUUUAAAUACCAUCGACAGUGGAACCAGCAAGUUGAGCGAUCUUGAACAACCCACCACACCCUAUCCGAAAUCAAGGGUUCCUUACGAGAUGCCUGAUUCAUAUCAACCAUUUUAUUGUAGAUACUGUUCAUACAUCCAUGGCUGUCUUAUAUGUUUCUGUGAUUGGAUGUUGCUAGUGGCAUCCCUUAAUACAUCGGCUGCACUUUUAGUUGAGCCUCAACUUGCCCCAGUCAAUUGCCAGCUUCUACCACACCACCAAACAACCAUCAACCAACUAUCAGCAACAACAACAGCGACCCCACUUCCUCCUCCUUCCCACAUUACCAUCCGGAUUCCAAUUCUGUCCACUCGCCGCGUAUUGAUUUACAGCAUAGCCAUUCAUUACACAUACCCCCCAUGCCCUCAUAUCGUCACCCACUCUCCCUUUCGCUCCUCGAAUCCCUAUAGACCGAAUCUAGUAUCAUUCCGCGAUCUCUGCGCCUGUCUCUCCUUUCAUAUUUCUGUACCAGACUCUCACUACCCCUGCCAUAGACACCCAACUGCUCCAAUUCCGCUCCGCAUCGCAAAAGCAAACUCUCGUUAUAAGCGCCAACCCUGCUCGCCCAACACGGCGCUGCCAUCUCAUUCAGACCGCACCACGACAACCGUGGAGAGCCCAGACGAUUCCUAUACCGUUCCUCCUCCUCCCCAUUCGCCUGGCUGUGCCUCUUCCUCGAACUCACCCUUUCCAUUCCCCUCUCCCUCUCCACCGCCGUUCUCAUCCCUCUACUCAGUGCAGGACGAAGAGCUCGGUUACAUCCAGACGUCUAUCACAGAGUCUAGAUUUCCGUGUCUCCCAGCCUUCGCACCGACACCUCCAUUCGAGGAAUCAUUGACGUCUCCAUUACCUAUUCACCCUCCUGUCGUUUUAGAUACAAAGGCACAGCUUUCGCGGGAUAAGACAGGAGAAGCGUCGGCAUCAGGUAAAGGCCUAGACGACGGAGAACCGCCACCACCAUAUACUGAAGGAUCGAGUCCACUUCAGUCGUUUACAUACGUUAUGGCCGGCCCGGGGGGAGCUGCUUCUAUCAUUACACAGGUUCAGCAAACUGGGGGAGGACCGAUUAGUACUCUUGGAGAUGUUGGAGGCGAUGAUCAUAUAACGUUAGAUCUACGUGGUACUCGAUUCACGCUGUCGCGAGACGAACUGCUUACUCUACCCGAGUUCGUUUUGCUAUCUCUAUUCCCAAAUGGACUCCUUCCUGAUGGACACAUGGGAACAUUCCAUGAGGGUGACGUAUAUCCCGUCGACUAUGACCCAGCUUCCCUGCAAUACAUGCUAGAUUUCUUCCGCACUGUAGCGCAAUCGAUUCCUUCAGCCACGCCAUCUCCAACCGCAUCAGCGGACGGCGAUUAUUCUAUGGAUCCUAUGCAUGGAUCAACGAGGGAUAUGUUGCAAGGCCGUGCUGGCAUUAUUGUUCUUCGUGAAGACCUUGACUUCUACGCAAUCCCUCCCGUGACCGAUAUUGACCAUGCGGAAAUGAUUGAAGUUAAACGAGCAGCGGGAAGAGUCUUGUUGAAGCAAGACGGGAUCUUCUCAGGCCUACGAAAAAGCGAUGAGCCCGGAUCGACUGAACAGCAUCUUAUCGAGAUGUUAACCGCUGGCGGUUUCAAUCACGACGAUCGAUGGGGCCAUCGCGCCGGGGAGCCUAACAAGGCCGUGAUCUGCAGUUUGGCGCUGGCUAAGCUUCGAACGGACAUGCGAGGUGAUCUGUCCGGCAAUAAUGUGGUCGGCAUGGCGCAGAAGCUACUUCUAUUCUGGAGAAAACCGGCACGACGGUGCUGGUGGGAGGGCGUCGAGCUCGAGGGCGUCGAAUGA